AUGGAUUCGAGCAGCUCUACCUAUACAAAUAUUUCAAAUGAACACCUUAAGAUUAUUAUCCACAUUGAUGUAGACUGUUUUUAUGCUCAAGUAGAGAUGUUGCGGAAACCAGAGUUGCUUUCACAACCCCUCGGAAUUCAACAGAAGAACAUCGUCGUAACCAGUAAUUAUGAGGCCAGACAAUAUGGUAUUAAAAAAUGUAUGCUAGUUAGUGAAGCACUGAAAGCAUGUCCUAAUUUAAAGUUAGUAAAUGGCGAAGACUUACACAAUUACAGAGCUGCUUCAAACAAAAUAUUUUCACUUUUACAAAACUGGAAAAGCCCUGUAGAAAAAUUAGGAAUGGAUGAAUACUUUAUUGACGUCACAAAUUUGGUUCAAGAAAAAAUAAAAAGUACAAAUUGUAGUAAUCUUACAUGCACCGGCCACUUGUACAGUGAACCUCAAUUGGAUUGUCCCUGUGGUUGUUACACAAGACUGAAAAUAGCAUCACAAAUAGCUAGUGAAAUACGACAAAAAAUAUUGGAUGAAUUAGGUUUUACUACUAGUGCAGGUGUUGCACACAACAAAUUACUUGCCAAGCUUAUAUGUCCUUUACACAAGCCUAAUGAUCAGACAGUACUGUGCGCUGAGCAUGCUUCUGACUUUAUGGCCACUCUUCAAAGUGUCCGUGCUAUCCCAAGUAUUGGGUCCAAGACUACUGAAACACUCAUUUCUCAAAACAUAAUCUCAGUCAGUGACUUACAGCAAGUGUCACUUGAUGUUUUAAAAAAACAUUUUAGUAGUGACAUGGCAGUGCGAUUAAAAAACUUGAGUUUUGGAGAUGAUAAUACUCCAGUUAAACAAACAGGCAGGCCACAGAGCAUAGGUUUAGAAGAUAGCUUUAAAACUGUCAGUGUUAGAAGUGAAGUUGAAGAAAAGUUUACAGCACUAUUACAAAGGCUGUUAAUAUUAGUUCGGGAAGAUGGUCGCAUUCCAGUUUCAUUGAGAGUAACUUUAAGGAAAAAAGAUGUAAAAAGGCUUAGCAGUCAUAGAGAAUCACGGCAGUGUCAAAUUUCCCCAUCCAUUUUUACCAUUAACAGUGGAAUAGUAACUGUGACUGAAGCAGGGCAACAGAAACUGUUGACUAUAAUUAUGAGAUUAUUUACUAAACUUAUGGACUUAUCAAAACCAUUCCAUUUGACAUUAGUUGGCUUGGCAUUUACAAAGUUUCAAGAACGAAUGACUGGACGAAGUUCUAUUGUUAAUUAUCUAAUGAAUGAUUUAUCAGUUCAGUCUGUUCUAAAUAUACAGAAUGACUGUGAAACCUCGGCUUCUUUUAUGGACUAUUCAGCAGUUUCACCUAGUAGUAGUACCACAACAGAUCUCUCAGAUGCUGAAGUAGAGCCAUCUCCUAAAAAACCUAAAAAGGUAAACUGGAUAGCAAAAAGAAGAUGUCUAUCGAAAGAAGAUGUUGCUUCACCAAGUAAACUUAAAGUAGGGGAACUGAGGUUAAAUUCAAAAGAACUUGAAAAAGUUUCUGAACUAAGACUGAACUCCAUGGACCGUUCUGUAACACCCAGAGCAAGCCCUGCAAAAGAUAAUUUAUCUGAUACAUCGGAUACAAUGAAAGAUAUAGCAGAAGGUGGUAAUUGUGAGGAAUGUCCCAGUUAUGUUGAUAAGGAGGUAUUCAAUGCACUGCCAGAUGACAUGCAACAAGAACUUAAGUCUAUGUGGAAAAAUCCCUCCAAUUCCGAGCUGCCUAGAGCAAGUGCUAGAAACAUGAAUAAAUCAAAGCCAAACUCAAUCUUGAAGUACUUUGUUCCACAGAAAUAA